CAAAAAACAUGGCCCUGACUAGGCCCGGUUAAAAUCCGAGCCGAACUUGGACCCAUGGUCAACAGGCUUGAUCAGGCCGGGUCGGUGCGUCUAAACAUGUUACUAUAUUUUUAUACGGGUGAAAAGUAUCCGAGGCUAAUGUCCGGUGGGGUUUAGUAGAGGUUUUAAAUUGUUUCUUCUUCUCCUCGGAACGUUAUCUACUACAAACUAUUCUUCAGCCAUGGCGUCCACCGUUCCAUUCUCACCGAGCCCCAUAGCUCAACUCCGCCAAGCCAACAGCUCCAAUUAUCAUCCAUGGAAAACCCACAAAAAUCCUAUCUUUAUUCACAUGUCGGGCCCCGAGGUUCCCAGUUAUUCCCAAAUACCCCAACGACCCUCGUCCUCUUUCCCUCAAACCCUCAAACUUCCGUUCCUCCACAGCCCCGACCCGGUCCUCCCGCCGACCGUAUCGGACUCCACCGACGACAAUUUCGCGGAAAACCCUCACAGGUUGUUCACCCUGCAGUUAAUCCCAAACGGGUACCGCCUGAAUCCGGCCGUACAAUCGGACGGCCGGAUAUUCAUCCAGGACCCGCCAUGGAUUUCUUCUUUCUUCGACAAGAGCCUGCUCUUCAGGAGCCGGAGCCGGAGCGGGGUCAAAAUAGAAUUUCAGGAAAUGGAGAGGCGGAAGUACCAUUUGCUCCGGCGGCGGCAGGUGAAGGCGGAGACGGAGGCGUGGGAGAACAUGACGGCGGAGUACCGUGAUAUGGAGAGAGAAAUGUGCGAGAAAAAAUUGGCGCCCAACCUUCCUCACGUGAAGCAAUUGAUCCUGGGCUGGUUUGAGCCUCUGAGGACGGCCAUCGAGAGGGAGCAGAAUCUGCAGAGGUCGAAAAAGAACAAGGAGGCAUUCGCGCCUUUUAUAGAUGCUUUGCCAGCGGAAAAAAUGGCGGUCAUUGUGAUGCAUAAGAUGAUGGGGUUGCUUAUGAUGGGGGGUAAGGAUGGCAGGUGUGUUCGUGUGCUGGAGGCCGCCCUUCAAAUCGGGUUAGCAAUCGAGCAUGAGGUUAAAAUUCAUUAUUUAUUGGAGAAAACAAAAAAACAUCGGGGUAUAGAAGAUACUGAUGUAAGCCAGGUAGAUUUCAGUAAGGAAGAUACAAUUUUGAGAAAUCGUGUGCAGAGUUUAAUCAGAAGCAACCGUGUCAUUGAAGUCGAAAAACUUGUCCGAAGUGAGGUUAAGUCAUGGGGUCAGAAUGCUCAGGCUAAGUUGGGAUGUUGUCUUUUACAACUGUUAAUUCAAAGUGCUUAUGUACAACCACCCGUUGAUCAGUCAGCUGAUAGCCCCCCUGAUGUUCGCCCUGCAUUCAAGCACUUAUUGAAGAGAGGAUCGGGAAAGAACAAUGUGAAGAAGUGCGGAGUCAUAGAAUGUGAUCCCCUGGUUCUUUCUGGGCUUGAUCAAGCUGUUAGACAUAUGGCCAUUCCUUAUGUGCCAAUGUUGGUGCCACCCAAGAAAUGGAAGGGGUACGACAAGGGUGGGUACCUGUUUUUACCUUCUUAUUUAAUGCGUACUCGUGGCUCACGGAAGCAACAGGAAGCUCUCAAAGCCGUUCCUUCAAAACAAAUGCAGAAAGUUUACAAUGCCCUUGAUACUCUAGGAAGCACCAAGUGGAGAGUGAAUAAACGUAUAUUAGGCGUGGUCGAGAGCAUUUGGGAAUCAGGUGGAAACCUUGCUGGCAUGGUAAACCGUGAAGAUGUUCCAAUACCUGAGUUAUUCUUGGAUGAUACAGAGGAAGUAAAGAAGUGGAAAUGGAGUGUGAGGAAUGCGAAAAAAAUCAAUCGAGAAAGACAUGCUGAAAGAUGUGACACUGAACUAAAGCUCUCCGUUGCUCGGAAGUUGAAAGACGAGGAAGGGUUUUACUUCCCGCACAAUCUUGACUUUCGAGGCCGUGCAUACCCUAUGCACCCACAUCUUAAUCAUCUUAGUUCUGAUCUCUGCAGAGGAAUACUUGAAUUUUCUGAAGGAAAGCCAUUGGGGAGAUCUGGUUUAAACUGGUUAAAAGUACAUUUAGCAAAUCUCUAUGGUGGGGGUGCUGAUAAGCUUUCUUAUGAUGGUCGCCUCUCGUUUGUGGAAAACAAUUUAGCAGAAAUAUUUGACUCUGCCGAUAAUUCUUUGAAUGGAAAUCGAUGGUGGUUGAAGGCUGAAGAUCCUUUUCAGUGCUUAGCCGCAUGCAUUAAUCUCUCUGAAGCCUUAAGAAGCUCAUCCCCUUACACUGUUAUUUCCCACUUACCCAUUCAUCUGGAUGGAUCAUGCAAUGGAUUGCAACAUUAUGCCGCUCUUGGAAGGAAUAGUUUUGAAGCUGCUGCAGUCAAUUUAGUUGCUGGAGACAAACCUGCCGAUGUUUACUCAGAAAUUGCAGAGAGGGUUCAUAAUAUCAUGAAAAGAGACAGCGAAAAGGACCCAGCAGAUCAUCCAAACGCUUUGCUAGCCAAACUCUUGAUUGGUCAGGUGACAUUGGCAGCCCUUGAAGAGCUAUUUCAAGCUGCACGAGCAAUUAUGGGAUGGCUUGGUGACUGUGCUAAGAUUAUUGCUUCAGAAAAUGAACCUGUACGUUGGACAACACCACUCGGCUUACCUGUCGUACAACCAUACUUCAAAACUCGGCUUUGUGCAGUAAGAACCUAUCUCCAGAUUUUAACUUUAAAACGCGAGGGUAAUUCGGUUGAGGUAAAAAAGCAGAGAACUGCAUUUCCUCCCAACUUUGUGCACUCACUUGAUGGCUCACACAUGAUGAUGACUGCCAUUGCAUGCCGAGAUGCUGGAUUGCGUUUUGCAGGUGUGCAUGACUCGUUCUGGACACAUGCAUGCGAUGUUGAUAGAAUGAGUAAGAUUCUGAGACAAAAGUUUGUGGAUCUAUAUAAUAUGCCGAUACUUGAAAACCUGCUCGAGAGCUUCGAGACAUCAUAUCCAACACUCACAUUUCCACCUCUGCCAGAUAGAGGAGACUUUGAUCUCAACCAAGUUUUUGAAUCUCCAUACUUUUUCAACUAAUCCACAAUCUUACAAGACUACAAUUUUGGAUUGUUCGUCACGAAAGAAAGGUUUUUUUUUCCCCUAACUUCCCUGGCUUCGGUACAAAGUCCAAUGCCUCGGGCUUUCGUGAACUUUUCAUGCACAGACUUCUGAGACAUUAAGGAAAAAUAUAUCGAGCUUUUGAGCUUCCAACUCGAGUUGCGUGCUUUUCUUUGAUAUGGCACUAUGCAUUGUUGUGAUUGUUGCUCGUGUGCACAAAUGUGCACUUUUUGGGACAUGAGAGAGGAGGAAAAGCCAUGGUUUUCCGGAAGAGUUCAGUUGUAUAUAUAAAUAUUGUACAAAUACGUAGUUUUUUUUGUCGAUUAUUCUGGUGAGUCUACUAUGUAUACAACGUGUGUUCUGUGUUAUAUUAUCAAAUUCUGUACAAUUGGAAUUUGUUUUUCGUCUUGGUGUUCUUGGAAUGGAAAUAUAAAGGACAUUGAUGGAUUUUGUUCUCCAAAAUUCAUG